AUGGUUAAGUUUGGGCUUGGUUGUUGCGUGGUGACCUCCCUCUGUGUUUACCCGCGCUCUCCAGUCAGUCAGACAGAGCUAAUGAUGCAGGAAGAGGCUGAAACCGGACAGCAAAGGAGGAGGAGGAGGGAGGAGGAGGAGGAGGAGGAGCAAAGGAGGGAGGCCAGGGAGAGGAGGAGGCAGGAGGCAGUCAAGCAGGGGCAGAAAUCUGAGAAACACAAACACAGACAUCAUCGUCGUCAUCAUCAUCAUCAUCAUCAUCACCACCAGAACCAGCUGCAGGUGCAGCAACAGGGGACCUGCCUGGAUUACAAGAAGGAGGCUGGCACCCUCAAAACAAAAUGGGAGGCAGGGAGGGGCAGCUUUCCCGUACCGGGGUACCAGUGUCAGAGCCUCCUGGGGUACCCCCUGAAGUCUGUGAAAGAGGAGCCCAGGGAAUCUGAGCUGGACCCCUUCUUCUACUGCGGCCACCAGGACAAGGUGGAUUACUGCCACCGCCUGGCUCUCUUCCUGGGUCACCACAGCCAGGGCUUAGCCUCUCAGUGCGGGGUUCCGGAGGAGGGCGGCGGGGAGCAGGAGUUCCUCAUCCCCCCUCACUCGCUGGCUCACUCUGCCCUGGCCGUAGGCUCACACCCCUACCUGUGUGCCGAGCCCUGCUUCUCUGGGUAUUACCUCCACAUUGGCCACCAGGGUGCCUCCUCUCCCCCCCUCCUGUCUGGGACAGGGCCCUUUCACCCCUCUGCUGUCCGGAGUUCGAAGCUGCUGGUGUCCACUGCUACACCAGGGCCCCCCUCAGGUAUCCCCCUCCCUCACCCCGUAUUCUGCAGCGCACUGGAGUCCCCCUGCUUCGGGGAGGCCUGCCUGGUCAACGGAUUCACCUCCACCGCUUACGGAGCGAUGCACCCGCUCGCCAGCAGGGGGUGUGCUUUCAACACCUGCCACGGAGGCUGCAUGCACGCGCUCAAAGAAGAGCCCUACCCCAGCCCCCUGGAUGAGCACAGUCCUGCUAUCCCGGUCUCCCCAGCCCUGCCUCUGUCUGGCUGCCCAGUGCCCACAGUGCCCCCUGCUGCCCAGUGCGUGCCUCACCUCCCCUCGCCGCUCUUGGACCCCAGCCAGGCGCAGCUCAGGGUUGCUCGGGAGUGUCCUCAGAGUGCCAAGCCCCCCAGUGGCUCUCGAUCGGGGGUCCGCAGCACGGCCAGCUGCCCUCUCCUCACCCCGGCCCCCCCUUCCGCUGCCUCUGCGGGAAAACAGCAGCGAAUCACACGGCGCCGCGCAACCAAUGGCUGGCUGCCUGUCGGAGUGCCAGUGGAGAAGGAGGUCUUCGUCGUGGGGGAGGAGGAGCCUGCUCUGAGGCGCUGUUUCGAGGGGGUGCAGCGGGACGGGGAUCUGAUCCGGGUUCGGGACACCGUGCUGCUGCGCUCCGGACCCCGAAAGAAAACCCUGCCCUACGUGGCGAAGAUCUCUGCACUGUGGGAGGACCCCAAGACAGGUGAGGUGAUGAUGAGCCUGUUCUGGUACUACCGUCCAGAGCACACCCAAGGAGGCAGGAACCUGAGCACGCACUGUGAGAAUGAGAUCUUUGCGUCUCGCCAUCAGGAUGAAAACAGCGUGGCCUGUAUUGAAGACAAGUGCUACGUCCUGACAUUAGCACAGUACUGCAGAUUUUGUGCCUUGGUGAAGCGCCGUAGAGAGGGGCUGCCGGACAGUGCCCCAGUGGUUCCUCCUUCCCCUGACUACGCCACUCCCCUGCACCGCCGUGUGCCCCCCAACAUCGACCCCAGCCUGGUGUUCCUCUGCCGGCACGUCUACGACUUCCGCUACGGACGCAUCCUCAAGAACCUGCAGUAGUGACCAGCGCCACACCAGCAAGACCAACUGGACUGAGAAACAAGCCCGCCCGGCCUGGGCAGACGAGAGGAGGAGGAGACGAACCAACAAACCGACUGACCGACCGACCGACCGAUCAUUCACUCAAUCAGUAACACAACCGAAAAUUCAACUAAGGGCCGCCGAACCAUGAUAGCGCCGUCCACAAGCAGUACCGGUUUAGAGAUGCAGAGGGCAGCAGAGAGUGCCGUGCUUUGAGUUAACCCUCAGUGUCCUGUUUGAGCCGUCCAACACAGUGCACCUCUCACACAGGACUGGAGGUCUGGAGGAUUUCAUCAACACAGUGCACGUCUCACACAGGA